AUCCCACUUCCCUAAGCUGAACCUCAAUAUCAUCAUCAACACCAACUCAAGAUGGCAUUCUUAUUCAAAUCAAAAACUAAAUCACCACAAGAAUUAGUUAAAAUCAUAAAAGAUAAUUUAGUCAAACUAGAUCAAUCAAAUCAACCUGAACUCAAUAAGAAAAUUCAUGAAGACCUCACAAAGGCAUUACAACUUAUCAAAUCAAUCCUAUCAGGUUCAAAUCUACCUACGAUGAUCGAUCCAAGUAGUCUAACAAGUUCAAGCACUUCAUCAAACUUGAAUGCUUCAAGUGAAGAUCCAACUUCAUCUUCAUCAAAUCAACCUAACACUUCACCUGAGAUUGUAGCUCAAUUAGCACAAGAUAUUUAUUCAAAUGAUUUACUUAAAAUCUUUUUAUUAAAUCUAUCUAAAUUCGAAUUCGAAUCAAGAAAAGAUGUAGUCAAUAUUUUUAAUUUAAUCCUUCGUCGUCAAAUUGGAAAUCGUUGGCCUACUGUUGAUUAUUUAGCUAAUCAUCAACAAAUCAUUUGGAUUGCUCUUAAAGGAUAUGAAAACCCAGAGAUAGCUUUGAAUACUGGAAUGAUUCUGAAAGAAAUGUUGAGACAUGAAGUCUUGGCUAAAAAUUUACUCUAUUCAGAUCGAUUAUAUGAUUUUCCUCAAUAUAUCGAACAAACCACUUUUGGAAUCGCUUGUGAUGCAAUGUCAAGUUUCAAAGAAUGUUUAACACGUCAUAAACCAAUGGUCUCGGCAUUUCUGGAAGAUAACUAUGAUCAAUUCUUUGGAAUGUAUUCUUCUCUAAUCCAAUCAACAAAUUACGUUACGAAACGACAAUCGAUUAAAUUAUUAGGCGAAAUCUUAUUAGACAGAUCUAAUUAUAAUGUCAUGAAUAAAUAUAUCUCAAAUGAAGAUAAUUUGAAAAUCAUGAUGAAUCUCUUGAAAGAUAAAUCGAAAAACAUUCAAUUCGAAGCCUUUCAUGUCUUCAAGGUCUUCGUUGCUAAUCCACGUAAACCAUUACCGAUUGAAGCUAUCCUACGACGGAAUAAAGAAAAACUAAUCGAAUUCCUUCGAGGUUUUCAUAAUGACAAAGAUGACGAACAAUUCAAUGACGAGAAAGGUUUCUUAAUCAUUCAAAUCGAGAACCUCAAAUAAACCCACUGAAUCCAAAUCGAUCUUCUCCUUUUUUCUUAUAAAUUGUAAAUUUCAUCCUGAUGAUGUUGUGUUUUUUUCUUCCUUUCUCACUAAUUCCGCAUGUUGUUCUCAUUUGUACACCCUCUUUUAACUCAAGAAAACCCCAACCCCAUCCUUUUUUUGUGUGUUCUCUCUCUUUCUUUGAAUUGUCUGGAAUUCGAAUUCUCUACUUUAGGUUUUCUUUUAGUAGUACUACUAGUUCUUUCUUUAUUUUCAUCUCUCAAUGAUGACUCGUGUUUCCUUCAAACCUUCUCUAUUUUUUUUGCUACGAUUACUUCGCCUCUCGAUAGAUAGAACUCAAUAAAGAAGAAAAAACUCAAAUAAAAAAAACUUUUUAAAACUGUAACCAAAGGUUUUGCUUGAGUUGGAUGAAGAUGAUGUGAUUCAUUUGUAUCCAAUGUCAAUCUAAUGUAGACCUUCAAGUAAUUCUGAUUCUACAUUGAUGUCCAGUUUUUAA